AUGCAAGGUCCAAGAGAGAUAUACCCGGGCAAUCAUGGGCUUGUAAGCAAUGACAUCCAUUAUAUUUGGAACCAUGGCCCCAAGUUUGGUGGGGGAUUUGAUUGUCGGUACUGCCCCCUAAUCACUAGAGGAGGAGGUGCAACCUGCUUUAGGGAGCACCUUGGAGGUAUACUAGGUGAAGUGGGGGAGUGCCCCAAUGUUCCAAGAAAUGUGCGUGCUGCAAUAAGGGACUCCCGGGAUGACGCAAGGCGGAAGAAGAGGGAAAAGAAAAAUCGUAAACUCCGCUUGGAACGGGAUAUCAUGGAAGGGUUGUACCAUGGAGAAGGGGUGAUAAAUAUUGAAGAAGAUGAUGAUGAACAGAUUCAGGCCGCACUUCGGGAGUCCCUAAGAGACAAGAAUGUCUCUCGUGCAGUUGAGAGGAGGAGAGGGAGUGGGAGUGGUGUUCAUGUGUCGCUUGGGAAACAAAGUAUCACAACAUACUUUGACAAGGAAUUAUCGAGCAACAAAGUAUCAAUGCAACCAAAGAUCAGCAGUGCUUUGAUUGUUGAGUCAGAAGAUGUACUUGGCCAAGCCUGGGCAAUGUUCUUUCAUGCUAAUUACAUUGCUGGUCUGAAAGCAAAUUGUCCCUAUUUUCGUGCGGCAGUCAAGAUAUCUCAAAACCUUGGCCCAGCUCCUGUUCCAACUGCUAAGGAGAUUGAUGGGAUUUAUUUGGACAAAAAUUAUGAAGAAGCUGAAUAGUGGCUGAAGAUGUUCUAGCAAGACUAGAGGAACUAUGGCGUAAUUGUGAUGUGUGACUCAUGGACAAGGCCUACUGGUAUGUGUCUCAUCAAUUUCAUGGUGUAUUGCAAUGCACGGAUGUUCUUUCAUAAAUACAUUGAUGCUUUCGGUCAAACUCAGAAUGCAGGACGCACCGCGCCGCCGCCGCCGCUCCUUCCACUAGCCGACUGGACUAGGACGCGCCGCCGGCCGUCGUGCCUCUGCCUCGCGCCGCCGCUCCCUUGUGCGGCUGUUCCUCCCCUCUCCCCCUCGCGGCCGUGCCUCCGCGUCUCUGUCCCUCGCGCCGCCGUGCCGCCACGCAUCAGGUCCGUCUUCUGCGUCUCCGGCCACCGUGCUGCUGCGCCGAGUACCACUCUGAUAGCCUGGGCCUACGUGGCAGUGAUUGUAUGCCGUUAG